UCCAUAGAGACUGAAUAGACGUGGCCUGUGGGAACGUCACGGGAGUACCCGACGGCCUUUAAAUGCGACGCUGCCUAUUGUCAUGCAUCCAUUCCGUUACAUGUCGAAGAAACGGGCAGCGCCGCCGUUAGCUCCGGCGCCCUUUCGCCGGCGCUUAUGGCUGUGUCUUGAACUCGUCGCAGCCAUCUCAGUCCUCGCUUUCCUUUUCGUCCUUCUAAGGAUUCAGUCCUACGCACCCAACCCACCGACGCCUACGCUUCUUUACCGAGACCCUAUUCCUUUUUCCGGUCAACCGAAGAUCGCUUUCCUCUUCCUCGCCCGCGCGGGCCUGCGCCUUGAUUUCGUUUGGCAUAACUUCUUCAAGAAUGCUGGAGCAGGGAAUAUCUCUAUAUAUGUUCACUCGAAGCCGGGGUUCAAGUUUGAUCAGUCGACGACGAGGUCAGCCUUCUUCUACGGCCGUCAUGUAGAGGAUAGCGUGCAGGUGAAGUGGGGGGAGGCCAGCAUGAUUGAAGCUGAGCGGUUGCUGCUUAGAGCAGCUCUACAGGAUCCUGCAAACCAACGUUUUGUUUUGCUUUCUGAUAG